CUGGCCGCGCCCGCGGGGGCCCAGCGCGGCGGCGGGGCUCGGCGCAGCCCGGCGGGGGCUCGGCAGGCGGGGCGGUGUCCCCCGCGCCGCCGAGGCGAUGGCGGACGAGGCGCAGGGCGCCUGGAGCGAGGCGGCGGUGGAUCACUUCGCGAGGCCGCAGCGCGUCGGCGCGAGAGACGGGGCGGCCGUCGGGUGGUUCCACGCCGCGAACAGCAAGGCCCGAGCCGGGGAGGCCGCGCGAACAGGUGAUGUUCACAUGAUAGAAGCAGAUGUUCUUCUUCGUGGUGCCAAGGGAGGAAGCAGAGACCCUAUCAUGGCUCAUCCGCCAGAAACAGACAGUGACAUCACGCUGCAGGAAUGGCUACAAGAGAUUGUCAACACCAAUAAAGGCAUCAAGUUGGAUUUUAAGAGUCUAGAAGCUGUACGGCCUUCCUUGGAACUUCUUAAACAUGUGAAGCAGCAUUUGAAACGACCUGUUUGGAUCAAUGCAGACAUCCUACCAGGUCCUAACGGGAAUGAUGCUGUAGUGGAUGCAAAAGAGUUCCUCAACACUGUCACUUCAUAUUUCCCAGAUGUAACCUUAUCGCUGGGAUGGACAACUGGCUGGCACCCAGAUAAACACAAUAAAGGCUAUGAUUGGGUGAUGGUGAAGGAAAUGGCUCAGAUAUGCAGUACGCUUUCCCAGCCUGUAACUUUCCCUGUAAGAGCGGCAUUAGUACGACAGUCAAUAUCUGAGCUGCGUUGGUUAAUCCAGCAGUCAGAUAGAUACAGCCUCACUGUUUGGACAGGAAAGGAAGAUGUGUAUUCUGUAGAAGAUUUGCUUUACAUCCGAGAAAACUUUGAUAAAAGUAGGGUUUAUUAUGACAUUUUGGAGCCACAGAAUUCUGAAUUCAAAAAAGCCAUAGGAGUAGAAUUGUAAAUACAAAGCAAGCAAUGUCUGACCUUCUUGUUCAGAGAAAUGCACUUCCCUUACCAAAAGGAUUGUAUAGAAAGCAUCUGUGGUUUUUGGAGGAGUUACUGUGUAACACUUCAUUGAAAGGCUUCUCAAACAAAAAUGCAAUGCCUUCUUAAUAGUUCGUGACUCAUAUGUAUGUUCCGUCUCCUUCACCCACUAGGGUGUAGUAAAGGCUACUCACAUUACCUAAAUAUUCUAGUAGGGGUUGGAACUAGAUCAUCUAAUUUAAGGUCCCUUCCAGCCCGAACCAUUCUGUGAUCCUGUGGUUCUUCCCUGCAAGCACAUAAAGGGCAGAGUGGCCCCAGCUGAUAGCUGCGGACCAAGGCAAUUUGCUGCUUAUUGCUUUUGUGUAGGCCAAGGUCUGUGGGACACUCAAUGUCUAGUAAAGCCUGUUCUUGAUUUUACAGGGGGGGAAGAAGAGUCGGAACUGUGAGUAUGGAACUAGGCAGGUCCCAAAGGGAUUAUUUUGUAGCUCGUCUUGGUACGCUCCAUUUUUACUGCCAUUGCAAUUGAUAAUGUUCUUACUCCUAGUCAACAGAAGAUUCUGUUUGCUAGCUGUGAAGAGUGGGAUCUGUGACGCUACACGUUCCAGGGAGAAAGAAUAGUUAUUUUUACUGAAUUAAUACUAAUCGAUUCCUCUGUAAUGUGGCAACUGUGCAUUCCGCCCAUGGCUUGCCUCCAUGCUUUCUGAGCCAUCAGCAACAUACUCCUUGGAUUGUGAGAAGGCUGAGUUGGAGUUACAGUACAGUGUAACUCAUAUACUUAAUGAGAAAACUAUAUAUGAUACAGUACGGAACAUACAUUCAGAUGUCAUCACUGCAAGCUGGAGUUACAGCUGCACUGCGGGAGGCGCUGGGGCAAGCAGAAGCCCUAGAAUGAAGAAUAAUCCUGUCCUCUACAUAGAGCACAAAGAUGGAUUGCAGUGAAGUGCACACAGCAUCAUAAGACCUAUAGUGUUUUGUAAGAGAGAAGUGCUGGUGGUUCUUUCAAGACCUUGAAACUAAGUUUUAAGUAUAACAGGAGUUACGUUAAAAUAUUCUGUUGCAGGCUUUCUGAAAGCCAGAGGCUCCAAGAAUGAAAUAGCUGCACAGCGAUUAGUGCUUACAGCAAAAACUGUACAUUUCUGUGAUAGCACAGUUAUUUUCUGCAUUCCUCUGGUUUAUGUGUCUUUUUAACUCUCAGAAUACAACUUCACAAAUUUUCAGAAGUUGAACUUCCCUCUGAGAAAAACUAAAACCAUUGCAACCCUCCUUACACCUGCAGGAUGUGUCUAACUUACUUCAUUUUAAGCUUUUUUUGCCUCGUUUGCUUCUGCAUCCCUUAACACAUACACUGAAAUCUAUGCAGACUGAGACACAAGCUAUGUGUUGUUGCCUUCUGCCAAACAUUACAGGCUGUUUUUUGCAAUGACAGGAGAUUCUGAUUUCUAAAUGAAAGCUGAUUCCAUGAAGAGUCAUUACCCUGUCAUCUUCUUGCCCUCCUCUUCCUAUUCCUUUCACAUGUUUCCCACAGGAAUUGUGUUAACUUUGGCGUUUUACACAAUGCUGGACAGGCUGUUAGUACUAAAGUGUUAAAUUACAGCAAUUUUUGGUUCUUACAUCGCGUUAGUACAACUGUGAUAGAAAAGUUAUAUUUAUUCAUUAUAUUAUAUUUAUUAAUCCUGAAUCUUGAAAUAUGGUGAUUUCAUGCAGUCAUUAAAAUUCAAGCUUCCUGGUUACCUACAGCUCCUUUGCCAGAUUUACCUAUUAAUUGUUUUACAUUACUGAGGGGUAGAGCUUUCAUCAUUUUUGUUACUUACUAAGAUAUACUUGGAUAAAAUUAGGAAAUAUUUUUCCAAAUAAGGAAGAAAACUGUCUAGUUUUACUUGCAGUUGUUAAACAAAGUACUGAAUCUAAUUACACACAAGGUCAAAUUUGGCAGCGUGAUUCCUUUUAAUUAAUUGAGAGCAAUUAUUUAUUUUUCAGUUCACUGUGACAACAUGAUCUGAUCUGAACAGAUGUAACUUCUCAAUCCUUUAUAGCAUCCGUUUCUUUGAGCUUUGCAUGCAUACUUUGCUAUACCGUGGCAGGAAGAGAGAUUAACUGUUUCCUACCUGAUCAUAAUAACUAUGGAAAAUAUUUUAAAUACUUGAGAGACCCUUUUCUAAGCCAGAUCAUUUUGACUAAAACAGGUUCAGGAGCUAUGGCAUAGCAGGUGUGCUAGCAGCUCUGAUCAUGUGGUGUCCUUUCCUGGAUGAAGACCGUUGCCCCUGACUCCCCUUCAGGGAGAACAGGAUGUAUGAAUGACCAAAGCUUCAAUUAAACCGGAGUUACAGACAUUGUUUUGUCUCUGUAGUACAUAAAAUGGACUAGUAGGAAAUGGUAUAGCUCAGAGGUUUUUAUUUUCUGGGGAAUACCAUUGAACGGGAAGCACUUAGGGGACAUCAGGCAGCUUUUGGAAUCAAAUGCAUCAUAGCUGCAUUAUCCAGAAUGACUUGGGCAGGUGUCUCAUAACAGAAUUUCCUUUUGAGGACCAUAAAGGAAAUAGCUUGAUGACACAUAGCUGUAGCCGUGUUCAUUUAUUGCAUGAAAGGUGCCAUUAAAGAGCAUUGAGUUUUUUCUUACUGCACACUUUACUAGUUCUAGGCUUAGUCUGGGGUUUUUUUCAAAGUAUUGCUGGUUAUUGAGAAGCAGCAAUACUUUCUAGCCAUACAUUUAUUUCUAAUAGAUUUAAAGACAAGUAUCAUGUUGUCCUUUCAUUCCACAGUUUAUAUAAACGUUUAGGAUUAGGAUGGACUACUUUUUUCACCUCCUUCUUGCAGGCAGUUACAUUUAUUGGUUAAAGGGACUUUGUCUUUCAGUUAGUUGGCUAGGAGGCCUUUUUGCAUCCACACUGACAAACUUUUCUGUUCUUUAGAAACCUUUUCCCCCACUUAGAAAUUCCAACCUGAAGUAUUAAGAUUUGUUAAAACUGGUUAAACUAUUACAUAAAAACCAUCAGCAAUAGCCAGAAGUAUUUUUAAGGGUGCAGACGGUAUGGAAGAAAUACCACAUAUGAGUAAUAUGCAUGGAUAUGAGUAGACAGGGAUAUUGAGAUAAAAGAAGACAUGAUCUGGAUUAACAGAAAAAUCAGUUAAGGUAACAAGAUAUGUAAAACUAGAUUAAACAAAAGACUAGAAAGGAAUUCCAUGAAGCAUUCUUGCAGUGACAGAAGAGUUUGACUGUAUGGUGAAUUUGAUUAUUCUGUAUGGAUUAUCCUAUAUGCCUGAAUUUCUGUCUAUAUUUUUUACCCGUGGAUCUCUUCCCUGUGGAGUUGUUUAUGCCAGUCUGGUCUGAGUUGCACAUAAAUAAAAUUAAUUUGAAUUUGUU